CAUAGACAAUGUACCAUCCCAGAUUCAUCAUCUUGACCUUCCUAUAUCUGUCACCUGUUCUUCUCUCAAUCUGCUAUGGCCUAUCUGUUGUGGAUCUCAAUUUGCUGAAACACAGUGAUAAAAGUGGUGUAAUUACCAAAAGGGUAUGCACCAAGAGCAUUGUGGAGUGCUUGGAAGAAGAGACAGAAAUGGAUUCAGAGAGUAACAGAAGACUAAUGCAGCAGCAGCAGCAGCACAGGUACAUUAGCUAUGAGACACUGAAGAGGGACAUGGUUCCAUGUGAUAGAGCAGGAUCCUCUUACUACAGUUGCAAAGCAAGAGAAGCAAACCCUUAUAAUAGAGGCUGUGAAGUUAUUACUGCAUGUGCAAGAGGUUCUCAACCCAUCAGAACUUGAUUUUCUUCCCCCCAUUUUCUCUCCUUUUCCUUCUAAUCUUGUUUUGUUUUAUUUAUGACUUGUGAGCUUCCUAAAAAUCCCUACUUUUUGUUUGCUUAUGCAAUGUAAUGUAAACAUAAUACUUUUUUUUUUGUGACUAAACAUAAUAUAUUUAUAUAUUAGAUAUUUCAACUGGGGAGACAUGGUUGAGUUAUCACUGAAGUGUGGAAUUGUUAUUCUGUUGAACCAGUUGCAUAAUUUUUGUUAAUCUUUGUUUGCAUAAUUUUAAAUGCUUUCUUUACCUUCUUUGUUAAAUAUAUAUCU